AGGGAAGGAAUCCGGGCUGGAAUGGAGGGGAAGGCGUAUAUAAGGACCCCGGCGUUGUCGGGAUGUCACCGCCGUCACCUGGCUACACCAGCAGCGCUUGAUUUCCUCACCGACAGCCGGAGGCAAACGGAGAGUCUGCAGACAUGUGCGACGACGAUGAGACCACGGCCCUCGUGUGCGAUAACGGCUCAGGGCUGGUGAAGGCUGGCUUCGCCGGCGACGAUGCCCCCAGGGCCGUCUUCCCCUCCAUCGUGGGCCGUCCCCGCCACCAGGGCGUGAUGGUCGGCAUGGGUCAGAAAGACUCCUACGUGGGUGACGAGGCUCAGAGCAAGAGGGGCAUCCUGACCCUGAAGUACCCCAUCGAGCACGGCAUCAUCACCAACUGGGACGACAUGGAGAAGAUCUGGCAUCACACCUUCUACAACGAGCUGCGCGUGGCCCCCGAGGAGCACCCCACCCUGCUGACGGAGGCCCCCCUCAACCCCAAAGCCAACAGGGAGAAAAUGACCCAGAUCAUGUUUGAGACCUUCAACGUUCCUGCCAUGUACGUGGCCAUCCAGGCCGUUCUGUCGCUCUACGCCUCCGGCCGAACCACAGGUAUCGUUCUGGACUCUGGUGACGGCGUGACCCACAAUGUCCCCAUCUACGAGGGCUACGCUCUGCCGCACGCCAUCAUGCGCCUGGACCUGGCAGGCCGGGAUCUGACAGACUACCUGAUGAAGAUCCUGACUGAGCGCGGUUACUCCUUCGUCACAACAGCGGAGCGUGAGAUCGUGCGCGACAUCAAAGAGAAACUUUGCUACGUAGCUCUGGACUUUGAGAACGAGAUGGCCACGGCAGCCUCCUCCUCCUCCCUGGAGAAGAGCUACGAGCUUCCAGACGGUCAGGUCAUCACCAUCGGCAACGAGCGCUUCCGCUGUCCUGAAACUCUGUUCCAGCCGUCUUUCAUCGGUAUGGAGUCCGCCGGCAUCCAUGAGACCGCCUACAACAGCAUCAUGAAGUGUGACAUCGACAUCCGUAAGGACCUGUACGCCAACAACGUGCUCUCCGGCGGCACCACCAUGUACCCGGGUAUCGCUGACCGCAUGCAGAAGGAGAUCACGGCUCUGGCUCCCAGCACCAUGAAGAUCAAGAUCAUUGCCCCUCCUGAGCGUAAAUACUCCGUCUGGAUCGGUGGCUCCAUCCUGGCCUCCCUCUCCACCUUUCAGCAGAUGUGGAUCAGCAAGCAGGAGUACGACGAGGCCGGCCCGAGCAUCGUCCACCGCAAGUGCUUCUAACUGUCAGAACCGUCAGACCUGUAGGACUGUGACCCGGCUGCAUCUCCCAGCGUGACAUUUGUUUUCCAGCAGCAGGGGGCGUAUUUUCAACUUGUAAAUAACUUAUUUAUUCCGUAUAUUUGUCAUGUUUUGAAUGUAAAUCCUUUUCUGUGCAUGAGCUUCGAGGUACGACGCGGUCCAGCUCGGACUGUCAGAAUAAAAGACCAAAUGAAUCAUCAAAAUAAACCAAAGUAUGAACUGA